UAGGCAAGUUGUUCUGUUUCCGCUUCCAGUUAAGUCUUUUGGAUUGUCGAUUCCUUUUGUAGCGCCAGCAUAAAACAUGGACAAUCGUUCUAUCUCAAAGAAGAGGAAGUUUGUCGGAGAUGGUGUCUUCAAAGCCGAGUUAAAUGAGUUCUUAACUCGUGAGCUCUCAGAAGAUGGAUAUUCAGGAGUGGAAGUACGUGUCACUCCUCACCGUACCGAAAUUAUUUUGCUGGCCACUCAUACACAAAGUGUUCUUGGAGAAAAAGGUCGUAGAAUCCGAGAAUUAACUUCUGUUGUACAGAAACGAUUCAAUUUCAAAGAAACACAAAAUAUUGAAUUGUAUGCAGAGAAAGUUGCAACUCGUGGACUAUGUGCUAUUGCUCAAGCAGAAUCCCUACGUUUUAAAUUAAUUGGAGGUCUUGCUGUUCGAAGGGCUUGCUAUGGAGUUCUCCGUUUUAUUAUGGAAUCAGGAGCCAAGGGUUGUGAAGUUGUUGUCAGUGGUAAACUGCGUGGACAGAGAGCAAAAUCAAUGAAAUUUGUUGAUGGAUUGAUGAUUCACUCUGGUGAACCUACCAAUGAAUAUGUUAAUACUGCAACACGUCAUGUACUUCUUAGACAAGGUGUGCUUGGUAUCAAAGUAAAAAUUAUGCUCCCAUAUGAUCCUCAAGGCAAAACAGGUCCGAAGAAACCUCUGCCAGACUCUGUUUCAAUUGUUGAACCAAAAGAUGAAAUAUUCCCUUCACAACCAACAUCCGAAGUGAAAGCUUCGAAAGAUCUACCACAGCCAACACCAAUUGCGGUGUAAUUUAUAUAUAAAUGAAAAUAAACUUUUAAAAGGAAA